CAAAGUGCCAAACUCACCCCCCCCCCCCCCCUCUCUCUCUCUCUCUCUCACUCACUCAUUCACUCAGACUCACACACACACAACACACUACUUCAGAUAUUUAUAUUUAUAUUCCACUUGGUUGACAUCAAAACCUUUAUCAACUACUACCCAAGUGACAACAUUUGCACUAUGGAGGGAAGUCCGGUUGUUGAAGAGAAACAUUUGGUAAGCCCGCAGGGUUUAGAAAAUGAUGAUUAUUUCGUAUUGCGGAUUGACAGGCCUAGUUCUUUGACGGAAAAGGAGAGAGAUGACAACUAUAGCAAUAACUAUGAACCUCUUCUCUCUUCGCGAGAAACUGAGUCUCUGGUCGCAUUAUGUGACACAUUCUUACCAUCACUCCACGUAUACAAGGAUCGUGUUGUGGAUGAUUCACUUGCCCAACUUUAUCGCACUUCUGCUUCGAUGAAUGGAAUACCCGAUCAAGUGGCUAAGAUGAUGUUUUUGAAGACGGAGCACCCGAAACAAUUGUUGGUUAGGUUAACCUUGUGGUUCCUAUCAACUUGGAUUGGAACAUUGAUUCUUUGUGGAAAGACAUGUUUGUCAACUCAGUUUCCAUACGUGCAAAAGUUUUCUAGAAUUUCAGCUAAGAAGAGAGAGGAGAUACUUGUCUCAUGGUCUCUCAGCUACUUUUUUCUGUUGAGGAUGCUUUUCCGUGCACUAAAAUCCGUGAUUCCAUUGGCUUAUUUCACUCAGGCAAGUUCUUUCUCAUAAACAUACGUGCAUAUGGUGUUUUAACAUAUAUAGAACACUUUUUACUAGAGAACCAAAUGAAGUGCUAGUUAGAUAUUAGGCGCCAGGGUGUGGUUCGGGAGACGGCAUCGGGGAGCUAAGGUGGAGCUCCUCCCCCGACAGGAACACCCCCCCCCCCAAGCGGGAAUCGGUGCCUUCGGGACUCCACUCCUGAUUGUCCCGAGCGC